GUGGCCCUUCGUGUGGUCAGUCGGUCUCUGUCGCGGUUCUUGCUCGCUCGCUCGCUCAUAGUCCUAGAAGCCCCUGUGUGCCGUCCCAGAAGCCAUGGGGCGGCAGUGGGGGCCAGCCAUGAGGGCGGCCGAGCAGGCGGGCUGCAUGGUGAGCGCCUCGCGGGCGGGGCAGCCGAAGGCGGGCUUAUGGAGCUGCAGCGGGGUGAUCCUGAGCCGCCGCCCGGGCCUGGUGCUGUGCCACGGAGGCAUCUUCACCCACUUCCUGCGGGCCGGCAGCGGGGCACUGACUGUGGCCGGCGCCGCCUUCCUGCCCGGAGACAGUUGCAGUGACGACCUGCGCCUGCACGUGCAGUGGGGCCCAACGGCUGCUAGUCCCGCAGGCCGCGCAGAGCGGGGCCGCGCUGGGCUGUGCACACCCCAGUGCGCCGGCCUGGACCCUGGCCCGCCCGCCCGGCCCCGCGGGCGGCAGCUGCAGCCCCCGCGCCCCGCCGAGCUGUUGCUGCUGCUGAGCUGCCCAAUCUUCCGGGGCCAGUUCGCGCGCCUCUUUGGCAGCGAGACAGCCGAGCAGUGGCAUUUCGCAAGCGCCGCACCGGAGGAUGAGGUGUCGGAGGAGGAGGAGGAGGAUCAGCUGAGAGCGUUGGGCUGGUUCGCGCUGCUGCGCGUGCUGCCGGACCCGGAGAAGGAGGCGGAGGCGGUGGAGCGCGGGCCGAUAGUGGCCGUGGCGCCUCUCGGGGCUGUGCCCAAGGGCGCGCCGCUGCUGGCCUGCGGCUCCCCGUUCGGGGCCUUCUGCCCGGACAUUUUUCUCAAUACGCUCAGCCGCGGCGUGCUGAGCAACUCGGCCGGCCCGUUGCUGCUUACCGACGCGCGCUGCCUGCCAGGCACCGAGGGCGGCGGCGUGUUCGCGGCGCGGCCCGCGGGGGCUCUGGUGGCGCUGGUGGCGGCGCCCCUCUGCUGGAAGGCCCGCGAGUGGGUGGGCCUCACCCUGCUCUGUGCCGCCGCUCCUCUCCUCUGCGCCGCCCGAGACGCGCUCUGCCGCCUGUACCCCGGCACCGAUGCCCUGGCUGCCUUCCUACCGCAAGAGAUGGGCGCCCCGUGGGAUCGGCCCCUCCGAGAUCCCGGCCCCCCGUGGGCAGCCGCGGCUGUGCUAGUGGAGUGCGGUUCCGUCUGGGGCUCUGGAGUGGCCGUGGCGCCCCGACUUGUGGUGACCUGCCGGCAUGUGGCCCCUCGGGAGGCAGCCGGUGUCCUGGUUCGCUCCACCACCCCGAAGGGUGCCAUAAUCUGGGGCCACGUGGUAUUUGCCACCCAGGAGACAUCUCCCUAUGACAUAGCAGUGGUGAGCCUGGAGGAGGACCUAGAGGGUGUCCCCAUACCUGUUCCAGCUGAGGAUUUCCACGAAGCAGGCGAGGCCGUCACGGUGGUGGGCUUCGGCGUCUUCGGCCAGGCUUGUGGGCCCUCAGUGACCUCAGGCAUCCUGUCGGCUGUGGUGCAAGUAGAUGACACACCAGUUAUGCUACAGACCACAUGUGCCGUGCAUGGUGGCUCCAGCGGGGGACCUCUCUUCUCCACCUGCUCUGGGAACCUCCUAGGCAUCAUUGCUAGCAACACCCGGGACAAUAACACUGGGGCCACCUACCCCCACCUGAACUUCAGCAUUCCCAUCACGGUGCUCCAGCCGGCCCUGCAGCGGUACCAUCAGACAGGAGAUCUGGGUGGCCUCCGGCAGCUGGACCGCGCCACCGAGCCAGUCAGGGUGGUAUGGCGGCUGCAGCAACCCCAGACAGAGGCCCCACGGAGCAAGCUCUGAAGCUGUGUCUCCCCUCUGGAGAGAAGAGCAGCCACUUUAUGCCACAGGGAGUGCUAAAGCUGGUGACCUCAGAAUCCUGACCCAGCACGCCACAGCUGGGCUGCCUCCCGCCGCCAGCCCUGGAGUCUGGAUCAAACUUCUCGUUAGCCUCUAUGGGUCUCUAACCUAGUCGCCCAUUUGAGGGGUGCUUUCUCGAGCCCCCAUCUCUCUCUGUCCCCUGACACUAGACUCAGCUCUGUUCUCUCCCCUUCUGGGGAGCCCAGAACGACUGUACAACAGCCCUGGUCCUGACAGACGGAUGGGAGUUGGAAGGCAGGCCCGGCCCUGGGUUUGAGUCUACUCCCUGUCUCCUGAUGGCCACUGGCCGCCUGGAGCAGUUGCUUCCUACGCCCUGAGCUCCUCUCUGCUCUGGGUCAGAAUGGGGCUGGCAGAGCACUGGGGCUUCCUCAGAAAAAUGGGCCCAGAGGCCCUGUUCUGAAGACCAGAGGUGAAAGGAGGGCAUCUUCCUGUUCCGCUGGACCAGAGGCGGUGGCGUACCUGAAAGCCAGGACUCCUGGCUCUUCAUAUGCCAGGGUCCCUGACCUACAGGGAUGCUCUGACACAGUGCCUUAAUUUUCCAGCCCAUAAAAUGGGCCUCAGGGAUCUGGGGACAGGGGGCUGGGAUGUGUCUGGUUGGGGUUUGGGAAUAAACAGGAUUGAUAGGAGACAGGACCUACUUCUAUAUAUCAGCUUCUUUUUCUCCUCCUUUGUUUUGAGAGUUGAGUGGGAAAUAGCAAAGCACCAGGCACAGAAAUACAGCUUUUCUGUCCUGCUUUCUCAGUGCGGCUUCAUCUCACAGGACACUCGUGCCAGACUAGUCCUGGUAGCUGGUCCUGGUGCCAGUCACCACGGGGUGGGGCUUGCAGAUCCCGGAGGGUGGUGAUCUUAGCCUGGCUGCAGGUGUUCAGAAAGUGCCCAGGCCUGUGCCAGGCCCCGGAAGUGGGUGGGAGUGGGCAGUUCAAAGGGGAAUGAGGCCAAGGCAGCCCCUCGGAGCUAAGACCAACCCUGGGGGUCAGGAGUAUAUACUGUGUGUGUGCCCAGGGCCCUGCACACGUGGGCCCUCAAGCAAUGAUUGUUAAAUCAUCAAUAGGUUGGGCCCCUCAUCUUACUGCAUCUGGGGCUGCCCUUUCAGAGGAGCCAUGGCCAGGGUUGAUCCACCCAGGCUGGGAGAGGUGCUCCACCAUGGGUGUGGAUUGCAGGUGAAGCUGGGUGCUGUCAGCUGAAGCUGUGGGAGCAGGUGGAGUGAAGGGCCUGGGGCCAGAGCAGGAGCCUGCCAGGGGCUGAGAAGAGACAAGCAGAAGCACAGGAAGAAAACCGGGGAGGCUAAGACCUAGGUCAGUGGGGCAGACACCAGAAUCUGUUUUCCUCACUUCUUUCCGGUCCUGGCCACCCUCGCAGUCAGGUUGUCUGUGAGUUCCAACUCACGGCACCAGAGCAGAAGGGAGGUUUGCCACUUCCAGGCUGGCUUAUAGAAACUUAUCUGGACUUCUCUGCACCCUUACCCCCCCGCCCCUGGUGGGAGUGAAGGCAACCCUUUAAAGAGACCUUGGGAGCCAUUUAUUAAAGAUGGCCUCCUCGUUCUGGUCCCUGGAUGAUGGUGUGGAGGGGGCAGCCUCAUUAACCAGUCCAUCGGCCAGGUACUGAAACCCAGGCCAGAAUUGCACUUCUGUUGCAUUUGAGCCAUUAGACGGGGGGAUAUAUUCGCCACAGCCGUAGAACCUGUCCUCAUAAAGUCUUUGCCUAGCUGGGAGCACUAGGCCAAACCACAUUUCGAGGGAGAGGAGUCCUGUCAUCUGAGGGUUAUACAUUUCACUAAAACCAACCAGGCUCUUUGGAUGAAGCUAAGAGUUGUCUCUUCCUUGAGUGGGGUUAGCACUUCUAUUUCUUUGGGUCCCCGGGUUGAGCCCAGUACCUUGGAGUUCCUCCCAGCCCUGGGAGACCAUAGCAGGGUCACCUGUUGCUGUCAGAGACUGUCCUCAGGCCUGGCUGCGCUCACUCAUCAUGGCUGAGAGCCAGCAAUGCUUCCUUCUCGUAGAUUCUGUGAUAUUUAAUCUGUGUGCCAUUCUGGUUAAUCAUUAAAGUUCCACCUAACUACCAACA